CAUCUCAUUCUCAACGUUGACCUCUUGCAACUUAGUUCUCGUCACAGUAGUUACUUCUGUUCUGUCACCUUCUGAUCGAACUCUCCACCAUCAACAGUGCCGACGGCUGCCUCCACCGGAAACAGAGCACGACGGCUGUCACCGGAUCCCUUCUCCGAUAGUUUGCUCAUGCUUUAGUAGUACUAGGAGGGAAUGAUAAAGACUUUGCCACUUCCUUGCCAAUUGUAGAAUGUUUGGGGAAAAGGGGAGUCAUGGUACCAACAUCAACAAGUGUUGCAUAUUGAACUUGUUGCUAUUUUGCAUGGAUAAGUGUAGAAUGUUUGGGGAGAUGGUACUGAGAUUCUCUUCCAAAAGGUUCGAAAAUCAUAAGCGCUUUAAUUGUAAAGGAACAAGGAUGGAACUCAGUAUUACACAACCUGAUGAUUGGCAUCUUCACCUUCGUGAUGGUGACCUACUUGAAGGUGUCAUCCCUCAUAGUGCCAAGCAUUUCGGAAGGGCAAUAGUGAUGCCCAAUUUGAAACCACCCAUCACUACUACUGCAGCUGCUUUGGCUUAUAGGGAGUCCAUUUUGAAAGCAUUGCCUAAAGAUAGCAGCUUCACUCCUUUGAUGACCCUUUACUUAACAGAUAUGACAAGCCCUGAUGAGAUUAAACGUGCAAAAAAGAGUGGAGCUGUUUAUGGUGUGAAGUUGUAUCCUGCUGGUGCUACCACAAAUUCUCAAGAUGGUGUUACAGAUCUUUUUGGAAAAUGCUUUCCUGUUCUUGAGGAAAUGGUUGAGCAAGAUUUACCAUUACUGGUUCAUGGAGAAGUUACAGAUCCAAAUGUUGAUAUUUUUGACCGGGAAAAGGUUUAUAUUGAAACGAUUUUAGAGCCUUUGGUUCAAAAGCUUCCACAGCUUAAGAUUGUAAUGGAGCAUAUUACUACCAUGGAUGCUGUCAAGUUUGUUAUGUCUUGCAAAGAGGGUUCUGUAGGUGCAACUGUUACACCUCAGCAUCUUAUCCUUAACCGCAAUGCUUUGUUCCAAGGUGGCUUGCAGCCCCACAAUUACUGUCUUCCAGUUCUCAAAAGAGAGAUCCACAGACAGGCUAUUGUUUCGGCUGUCACUAGCGGAAGUAAAAGAUUUUUUCUCGGAACUGAUAGUGCUCCACAUGAAAAGCGUAAAAAGGAAUGUGCUUGUGGAUGUGCUGGCAUAUUCAAUGCUCCUGUUGCUCUAUCAGUUUAUGCCAAAGUCUUUGAGGAGGCUGGUGCACUCGAUAAGUUGGAGGCCUUUACAAGCUUUAAUGGGUCUGACUUCUAUGGCUUACCCAGAAACAAGUCAAAGCUUACUCUAAAGAAGGCUCCAUGGAAAGUACCUGAACUGUUAUCUUUUCCGUUCGGAGACAUCGUUCCCAUGUUUGCAGGCGAAACCCUUGAAUGGGAUGUAUCCCUUAAUUGACUAGCAUUCUUCCUUUUUGACCAAAAUCACAGGUAUCUUUUUACCUGAGAGAAUCCUUGACUAGCCGAGAACAAUUGACACUUUCUGUGGGAAGUGCAUAAUAAAAUAAAUUGCUACUUGUUAGGAAAUAUAUUCAUGAUUCAUGCAGACGCAGUGUUUAGAGUUUAGAUCAAGGGGUCUGUCUGCACUGCAAGGUGACUAUUCUAAACGAACAAGUUACAUAAUUGGUUUUCUUUUUUCGUA